AUGAUCACAAGGAUUGCUAGUGUUAUCUUCUUUGGCUUCCUUGUGUGGUUGUCUGAUGCAGAAGACACCAUCAGGCCGACAAAAGUGAUGGGAGAGAAUGAAACUCUAGUCUCCGCUGGUGGUGUAUUCGAGUUAGGCUUCUUCGAGGAUGCAACUUCAGGUAACAGAUUUAUGGGUACUUGGUUGAAGAAUGAUGUAAACAAGAAGGCACUUUGGGUGGCAAAUCGUGAUAAUCCCAUGUUGUCGGAUCCUUCUGCAACUCUGCAAAUAAGGGAUGAUGGGAAUCUCAUUCUCCUUGACAGAAGACAAUCACCGAUAAUUGUGAAUUCAGGAAUGAUUGCAAGAAGUGAUAAUACAAGUGCAACACUUCUUGAUUCUGGUAACUUAUUCCUCCGACAAGGUGAUCAGGUAGUAUGGCAGAGUUUUGAUUAUCCAACAGAUACUUUUCUUCCCGGAAUGAAGAUAGGAGAGUUUGGCUUGACUGCAGAAGUACCAAGAAAUCAGUCGUUAGUUUCAUGGGUAAAUCCUGAGAAUCCUCUCCGGGGAGCAUUCACGCUUGGUGUUCAGUCUGUUGAUCACAAGGCUGCAACAAAAUUGGGUGUCUGGAGAGGAUACAAUGAUCACAUGGAUAUCAGCUCAUGGGAUGGAAACAACUUUGUAUUCAUUUUCAAGAACUCGACCAAUAGUUUUAACUUUGUUUACGUUUACGUAUCUGAUGAAAAUGAGUCAUACGUCACUUUCACCACAAUUGGUAAAUAUGACAUGUCAUGGUUGGUAAUUUCCUCAAUUGGGCAUAUUGAUGAGUACACAAUGUUUAAUGGGAGUAUUUCUACAGUGAGCCAUUCCUUAUGUGAUAAAUCAAUUAUAGGCAAUUCCAAUGUGUGCAUGGACUCAGAAACUUCAAGGUGCACAGAUGGCGAUGCAUUUAUGCCGAUGAAUGGUACAUUGCCAGCUUCAAUGACUGUAGAUUUAUCAGUUGUCUCUACUGAAUGUGAAUUUUUGUGCAAGAGGAACUGUUCUUGCAUUGGAUUUGCCACAUUUCAGGAUGAUCUAGCUUGGUGCCAACUUUACUAUGGGAGCAAAAAUGACAUCUUGAACCUUACGCUGAAAGAGGGGAAUGGUACUGUUUAUGUCCGUGGCUUUGCCACCUAUCCUACAGGUGCUGUAAAGAAGAGUCUGCUGUUAGUUCUCUUAAGUGCAGUAUGUCCCCUGAUUGUAACAAUGCUGGUGGCUUUGUGGUGCUAUAGAAGAGGGCAAAUUAGCAGUCGUAGAGGUCCUCUCUGCUCUAUUUCUAUUUUGCGCAAGCGUAUUAUUUGUUACAUCUAA